UUGAUCUUCACUCUUGAUUUUCUUUUUCUUCUGCAAAUGCAUUGUCAAUUGGCGGCAGUGCUUUUGGCUGCCGUUGCAUUGGCGAGCGGCGGCGUUGCGGAUGCGUGGGGAGCCAAGGACUCGGUGCUCCUCAAGGACGUGAGCGUGCUGACGCUGCGCCAUGGCCAGAUGACGACCGGCCGUCGUUCCUCGCCCGUGCCUCAGGUCAAUUGCGUUGGUGGAAGCGCACGCGGACAGUUCACCCCGCAAACCAUCCAGUGCAAGAACAUGGGCUCGGAUGGCACGGAUGUUCAAUGGAAGUGCGAGGCCGACUUGAGCGACAGCUUCCGAUUUGGCGAGACGACGGUCACCUGCGAAGGUUACCAGUAUCCCGACGAUCCGUACAUUCUGAAAGGAAGCUGCGGCGUCGAAUACACGCUCGAAUAUUCUGAGAAGGGUCGCCAGCAGCAUCAACAUGGCGGUGGCGGUGGCGGCGGCUUCCAACGCUCUUACUCGUCCUCGGGAGGCUACGGCGGCUACGAUUACAACAGCAGCUAUGGUUCUGGCGACUCGCUCGGCUCGCUCUUCAUGUGGGGCAUCAUCUUUUUCCUCGCCUACAUGAUUUACCGUUCGUGCACCGUCAGUGCCGUCUCGCCAGGUUAUGGUGCUGGCGGCAGCGGAUGGAGCGCAGGCAGUGGCCCGUACUAUGGUGGCGGUGGUGGUGGCGGUGGUCCCUAUGGCAGCACCAACCCAGGCUGCGCUCCGACUCAGACUGCCGCGCCGGCUGCGGCGGGAGGUCCCGGUUGGUUUGGCACGGCUGGCGCUGGCUUGCUUGGCUACAUGCUCGGCCGACGCCAACGCAACUACGGAAUGGGCUAUGGUGGCGGCAUGGGCUAUGGUGGCGGAAUGGGCUAUGGUGGCGGAAUGCGCUAUACCGGCUACGGCGGCGGCGGCAUGGGCGGUGGUGGCAUGGGCGGUGGCUUUGGCGGAGGCACGACUCGCACUGCCGCAGGUUUUGGCGGAACGCGCCGUCGAUAGCCAUUGCUAUGACUGUACCCAAUAAAAUUAAGCACACCC